UUCUGAAAAUAGGAGCACUCCCCCACUUUCAGGACGCAGCCUCUGGGCUUAGCCUCUCAGAAGACCCCUCAUGGUUCCUGAGAUGUGGCCAGGGUCACGAAGGCGUGUCCCGCAAUACUUAGGGACUGGGAGACAACAACUGCUCUGGUCGGAGGCUGCCCACCUGGGAGGCCGAGACUGCUCGCAGGCCACUGCACUUAGGCGGACCCGAAGCGAACCCACCAUCCCUCCAGGUACAUUUGCUGCGGUUACAAGUGUUGAGUGCGGGUUCCCUUCUUAGGCAGCCCACGGGCAUGCCCUGGAACUUCAGCGACAGCCCGGAGGCGCAGAGGGAACCAAUGUGGGGCGCGCUGCGACCCUGUGAUGAGCAUCACUUAGGAAUUGCUUUCCGAGCGCUGGUGCAGGUGACCUCGGUGUACCAAGGCCCAUUCGCCCUGGGUGUGAGUGGUGACGUGGUGACCGGGCUGCUGAUCGGGCACUACGGUGACACGCGGACCACCAACCUGUACCUGGGCGUGGCGGUGUCCGAUCUGUUUAUUCCGCUGAGGCUCGCGUUCUACCUGUACCGCUCCUGGCACUAGAGACUCUGGACGUUCUAGCCGCUUCUCUACCGCCUGCCUCUCUGCUUGGUCAAGGUCUGCAUCUACGUCACGCUACCGCACGUGACCGCACUCGGCGUCGAGCGUUGCUGGUCGAUCUGUCUCCCGCUGCGAGCGCAGGUCGGCCUCCAAGCGCUCUUCGCCGCGCUCUUGGCACUGCUCUCAGCUGGGCCCUUCUUCUUUCUAGUGGUCGCCUUCAAGAUGUCCUCCCCGGCCUCUCUGCAGACCUAGACCUGAAUUGCACUUAGCAGAUUCAAACCCUCGCUCCGGGUUCUCGGGUCCUCGUAGACACCAGCGCUGUCUCCAUCUUUUGGAACCGAGGCUGCGGAAACUGCAGGCAGUUCAGCCGCGAGUACCCUCCCAGCCCCCCCCAACCCCCCCGCACAGCUAGAGGCGCCGACGAUCACGCUGUGGGUCACCACUGCCUACUUCUCCCUGCCCUUUCUGGGCCUCAGCAUCCUUUGAGGGUUCAUGGGACACUAUGUUUGUAGGGGAGCCCCUGGGGAUGGGAAACCCGGAAACAGCGAAGGUUUUCCAAAGUCGCUGCGAUCCAGCAUGAGUAACUGGGGGCUCCAAGGAAAAACAGAACAUAUUUCUGAAGCAGAUGCCAGAAGCAGAAGCCAAAACCGGGGCGGUGGUGGCGGCGGGGUGGGGGUGCUCUCUGGUGUAAAAUCGUGCUUACACAUUUGUGAUCCUAAUGUACAGUUAGAAAACAAACAUCAACGCAAUUCACAACCUGAUAUUUUUUGGGGGGAGGGGGCUAGCAUGAGGAUCUGUUCAAGUAAAGAUUCAAACUUAUUUUGCUGUUGUUUGCUCUUGCAGGUGCUGGGGAGGAACGGGACUUUAUUUUAUUGGAAUGCCUUUGCUAAUUCCGGUGCCUGGGUCUUGGUAUGCAGUGGUGGUGUUUCCAGCGUCCAUAGUGUAUGGUUGCCUUUCCGUGUUGGCAGAACCAUUUACAUAAACUCUCAAGGUUCCCGGAUGAUGCACGGCUCUCAAUACUUUCCUAUUGUCGCUCUGCAGCAAAUCGAAUCGAAAGGUGCAGCGUUUGAGAACCACCCUUCCUUAUCUGUGACAACUCCUGCUCCCAAACCCAGGCCGACCACUCGCCUUCCCAAACCCAGGCAGUCUCACUGGUGAUGGGGCUGUGAUGACGACGGAUGCUAAGAAGAAAUCCCACACUAGGCCAGAAUUGAGUAUAAUAAAGGGUUAUUUAUUUAGGGAUAGAUUCACAGCUCAUAGUCAUCUGUUUGAAUGGGGAACAGCAACCGAAUCACACAGCCAAAAGAGAGACCUGACUCGCACUUUCCAUUGGCAUUUAUAGUAUAAGAGGCCACGCAAAAGUAGGCAGGUGACUUAAAGGCUGUAGAAAUUCCGACAGCAGCGCUGGACCUUGGACUUAGCAAGCAGGAGCUGUGGAGCCUGGUGUGAGUCUGAUUUUCUUAUCCACCGAGAUCCGGAGUUACUGCAAAGUAAGUCAGGGGAUUAGAAGCAAUGCCCUGAAAAUUCUUUUUUAACUUCCACUUCCAUUUAAUUGCUAGGGAAGGGGCAUGUGUGCCUCAGCCCGUAUGUGGGGGCAGGGGGACAACUUGAGUUCUUCUGCCAUCAUGUGGGACCCAGGGCGCAAACUCAGACCACUGGGCUUGGUGAAAAGUGCCUUUACCCAUCUUGCUGGCCCCUGCUCCGAAAUUCUUAAUCACAGCUUUGAAAACCACUUUACAAUACAGUUUACAGGGCUGGAGAAAUGGCCCAGCAGUUAAAUGUGCAUACUGUUCUUCCAGAGGACCCGAACUGGGAUCCCAGCACCCACAUGGAGCAGCUAGCAACCCAUAACUUUGACUCUAGAGGAGCUAAUGCCCACUCUCACUUGCAGCCUUCUUGGGCACCUGCACCCAAGGCAUACAACACACACACACACAUACACACACACCACACACCACAAAUAAAAUGAAUAUAAGUCUUUAAAAGUGUGUACUUUACAGUAUAAAUGCAUUUUUAGAGGCCCUCUUUCCUGGCCUCCAAAGUCUAAGGGUCUCAUUGUGCCUCUAUCUGUAUGAAUGGCACCCUACAGAGAGACUCAAAGCUGGAGAGUUAGCCCAGGCUCCUCAUUCAUUCAGUGACUCUGCUCCCAGGUCACAGUACUGAAAAAAGGUACCAAACGACGUGGCAAAGUAUAGUUAAAACAUACGGGUUAACUUAAGUGUAAGCGUUAGCUAGUAACAACACUGAGCUAUUGACUGAUCUUUUAUAAUUAAUAUAUGAGCCUCUGUGUGAUAAUGUGUGAAGACGCUGCUGGCUAUUCGGGAGCAAGUGGUCAGGACAUGAAAACUCCUCCUACUCACCGUCUUCCCUCUCCAAGAAUGUCUCCUGAAGUCUCUGAAAUGAGGCACAGCAUUUGUGAACACUGACAAGAGAUCCUUAAGAGUCUCCUACUAGAGGGACAACCCUGUGCCACCUAGAAGGUCACCGUGAGGAACCUUCCAGAUGACUGUAAAAUACCAUAGAUACAGACACAAAGACCUCUCUUUUAAAACGGCUGUUAGCAUCAUGCCUUGUUACAACUGGUGCGUGCUCCCCAGGUGUGGACAUGUCAAGAGAGAGCCAUCACCGUUCUCUCUGCUACAGAGUCCCUGAGAUGCAGCUUAUCUUCCUGGAAGGUUCCUAGGUGACCUCUGCCCUUUAGUAGACUGUGACAUUAUGCGGUGUCCUCUUUUCUUUCAAGGAACUGAAUAGGUAAUAACAGAAAACAAUGUCACCGUAUUCCAUGUAGCAAAGGUUGUGUUGUGAGACUCAUUUCAUUUGUGUGUUGGUUAGUGUUUUUCCUGGAACUCAAAAUAAAUGUAUCCCUGUCA